AUGGCCGGACUAGACGCUGCAUUUGAACAGGACCAUACGUGGCCGUCUACUUCACUGGCCUUUACGGGAGUCCACGAGCAAGCUGGGGAAAUUGGGUCAGUGCUCCGACCUGCAAAGAGGAACAGAAAACACAGGACACUGGGAAGCCCACGAAGGCCGCUGAUACAUAAAAAGUCUAAAGAAAUGAAAACAGUGGAGGCUAGAGAAGCGCCAGGGAAAUUCGUUGCCGUGCUAGGCCUUCAGGCUGCUGAAACAGUGCAGAGAGCCUCAGCUUUUCAUAAAUCUGGUUAUACAGCAGCUCGCGUCGGCCCAUCUAAUGGCCAGAGGGCUGUGGCUGGUAGAUUGUAUUUUCAUGCGAAUAAAAUGGCUUGGCGGUCGGAGCUCAUGGUUGACGGCAGCAAAAGGCAACGGUCUUUUUCCUGCAAGUUGUAUGGAUAUGAAAGAGCGAGGUUGCUGUGCGAGUGGUCGCGAAAUUUCGUUUCGCAAACUGCCCGAUUGCCAACAGACGAUGAAACACGCGAAGCUAUCAGAAUACUGAUGCGGCUAAAGAUUCACACUAAGCAUAAGGCAAUGGACGUCUCAGAGCUCAUGAGCAAGCCUCAAGGACUGUCUCUAGUUGGAACUGGACCACAUUUUCAAUCGCGAGCAGAAAACAAGCAUGGGCCCACCAGCGCACAGGGCAAGGCAGCAGACUAUAGAACCAGGCAGUGCGACUCUGCUCGGAAUUUCACAAUUGAGCAUCUAGCUGGAACGUGCAAUAAUAAGGAAUCUGGGACCUACUGGGGCCUGGAGACUCUAGAUCAAGACAACACUAGCCUACCGCACUUCAUCCACGAAUAUAUCUGCGCAGAUGCAAAAGGGAAGUGUGGCCACUGCCCCGAACCUGGCAGUAAGCCGCUGCAUCAGGAAGUCUACAUGAAAUCAACAAGUGCUCAGACAGCUGGUGGCGGUGCAGAAGCAGCCGUGGCUACACAUCAAUCUGAAGGCGAAUGCCCUGAGCGGCAAUCUGUUAGUAUUGCGGCCAAUGCAUUCCGAGAGCUCGGUUCUCUGACGGCAUUGAAAACAACAGUGAAAAGGACGAAACGACAAAAGGCUGGAAAAAAGCCUCAGAGCGGCGUCCGAGGGCUGUACAUUCAUCAGAACGCAUGGAAGGUCAACUACAUCGGGAGACAUGGGCUGGCCACUAAGCUUUUUGCUUAUCCCCUUGGUGACAUUGAGGAAAUGAAGCGGCAGUAUUUGCUAGCUCGCUUCUUCCUGCGCAGUAUCAUAGAAAAAAAACGACAGAUUUAUGAAAGUGAUGGCGAGGGCUUGUCUGAAGAUGAGGCAGUGUGGACUAGAAGAGUGGAAAGGGUGGGGAGAUUUUCUCAAAUUUCAUCGCCCAGGCAGUCCAGUCAGAUGACUCAAAAAAGAACUCAUUAUGCCUUGGGAAGGGGAGAACAAGGCCAUAAAUUCACAUUAAAGCUUCUACCAUCGUUCAAUGAGCCUGGGAACAUUGGACUUGAAGACAGUUUCGAUACUCAAGAGCUACAUAAACAAAACCAUUGGGAAACCUUGAAGCUUCUUCUACAGCGGGGAGACGACCCCGCACUGUCGCCUCUUGCAUGUGAGAAUAAUUUAUCCUUAAAAAUUACCCCACCAAAUUCGUCCCUUGUUUUUUCAGGGGAUGACCCUGAUGAUGGAGGAUUGAUGAUGCACAGCAUGAUUAUGAGCUCUGAAGCUUGCCCUUCGUCCGUUGAAGCACUUGAUGGAAUGCCCACAAUAUUGAAUGAAACGAAAGACAGCAGCGGCAAGGGAGGCGGAAUGGUGUGCAAAAGUAAAUAA